AUGCGUUUCAGUCGCUUCAUUUACCUACCCGCUCUGCUGAGCAUCGGCAUUUCGACCGCUUCCCCUACUCCCACUGCGGCGAUGCUAGAAGCCAGAGCAACAUGGGCCGCCAUGGGUCGCAAUGAUGCCGAAUUUGUAUAUGGCAUGGACACUUACAAGAGGAACUAUGGGAGAAACAACAAUGUUUCGGCGGAUGAGUACCGACAAGCAGUAGCCUGGGUCAAGGACACAUUGUUUCCCAACAUGGAUACAACGGGGAUCGAGUAUAAUUACAAGCAGCACCACAACAACCGAUACCAGAUGCCCGCACAGGACGAGGCCAACCAGGCCUAUACUUUACUUGGACUUCAGCCACCGUACUGA